AACAUCAGAAUAAGUGAAUUAAAGACGGAAUAUGACAAAAAUAUUGACAGCCUGCAACGUCGUCAAAUCACUGAGGCAAGGAUGGCUCGCAGCCAGAAGAAGCAGCAACCCUGCUUGUUUGAGGUCUGCUAGGCUCUUCAGUGUUAAGGCCCAGAUAGCCCACCUGGUCCUGGAGGAUGGUACCCGGAUGAAGGGCUUCUCCUUUGGGGAUGAACGAUCUGCUGCUGGGGAGCUGGUCUUCAACACUGGCCUGGUGGGGUACCCAGAGGCUUUGACUGACCCCAGCUACAGAGGUCAAAUCCUGACCCUGACCUACCCCAUAGUGGGGAACUACGGCGUUCCAAACACUCAGGAGCUGGAUGAGUUGGGCCUGAGGAGGAACAUUGAGUCAGACCGUAUACAGGUAUCUGGACUCUUGGUGCAGGAUUACAGUCAUGAGUACAGUCACUGGAACUCUGUCAAGUCCCUGGGACAGUGGCUACAGGAGGAGAAGGUCCCUGCAUUGUUUGGAGUGGAUACUAGGAUGCUGACCAAGAUCAUCAGAGACAAGGGUACAGUGUUGGGGAAGAUAGAGUUUGAGGGCCAUCCAAUAGAGAUAUCAGACCCCAACCAGCAGAACAUUUUAGCAGAAGUCUCAACAAAGGAGACCAGAGUGUUUGGGAAAGGUAACCCCAUCAAAGUGGUGGCUGUUGACUGUGGCAUCAAGCACAACAUCAUCAGGCUGCUUGUUAAGCGUGGUGCUGAGGUCCAUCUGGUGCCCUGGAACCAGGACCUGAUGAGUCUGGAGUACGAUGGCCUGUUCAUCUCCAACGGCCCUGGGGAUCCCUCUCUGGCAGGAGACCUCAUACAGAACGUCCGCAAGGUUCUGGAGAGUGACCGGCCACAGCCUGUCUUUGGUAUCUGUAUGGGCAACCAGAUCACAGCACUGGCUGCAGGGGCCCAGUCCUACAAACUGCCCAUGGGUAACAGAGGUCAGAACCAGCCUGUACUCAACGUGAUGACGGGUCAGGCCUUCAUCACAGCCCAGAACCAUGGUUAUGGCAUUGACAGCACCUCUCUACCACCUGGAUGGAGCCCGCUGUUUGUUAACGCCAACGACGGAACCAACGAAGGUAUCAUGCACGACACCAAGCCAGUCUUCACGGCUCAGUUCCACCCAGAAGCUAAAGGAGGACCUACAGACACUGAGUUCCUAUUUGAUGUGUUCAUAUCCCUGAUAAAGAAUGGGAAGGAGGCCAACAUUGUGUCAGUCAUGCCCAAGAAGCCUGCUAUCCCACCUAGGACUCAGGUUUCCAAGGUGCUGGUGCUGGGGUCUGGAGGUCUGUCCAUUGGUCAGGCUGGGGAGUUUGACUACUCUGGAUCACAGGCCGUCAAAGCCAUGAAGGAGGAGAACGUGAGGACGGUGCUGAUGAAUCCGAACAUAGCAUCGGUGCAGACCAACGAGGUGGGGACUAAACAGGCUGACUCUGUCUACUUCCUGCCUGUCACGCCUCAGUUCGUCACAGAGGUCAUUAAGACCGAACGACCUGACGGAAUCCUUCUGUCUAUGGGAGGACAGACCGCUCUAAACUGUGGAGUGGAGCUGUUCCAGAGUGGAGUACUGCAGAAGUAUGGGGUGAAGGUGUUGGGGACCCCUGUAGAGUCCAUAAUGGCUACUGAAGACAGACAGCUGUUUGCUGACAAGCUCAACGAGAUCAAUGAGAAGAUUGCUCCCAGCUUCGCUGUGGAGACGGUGGCAGGUGCCCUGAAGGCAGCGGAUCAGAUAGGCUACCCGGUCAUGCUACGUUCUGCCUAUUCCCUGGGCGGACUGGGCUCAGGAUUCUGUGCCAACAAGGACAAGCUGGAGGAGACCGCUCGGAAGGCCCUGGCGAUGAGCUGUCAGAUCCUUGUGGAGAAGUCUCUGAUGGGUUGGAAAGAGGUGGAGUAUGAAGUAGUCAGGGACAUCGCUAAUAACUGUGUCACUGUCUGCAACAUGGAGAACUUUGACCCCCUCGGCAUUCACACAGGUGACUCUAUUGUGGUGGCCCCCAGCCAGACUCUGUCCAAUGAGGAGUACCACAUGCUGCGUGAGACGGCCAUCAAGGUAGUGCGUCACCUGGGCAUCGUGGGGGAGUGUAACAUCCAGUACGCCCUUCACCCUGGCUCUCUAGAGUACUGCAUCAUAGAGGUCAACGCUCGCCUCUCACGCAGCUCUGCCCUCGCAUCCAAGGCCACCGGGUACCCCCUGGCGUUUGUUGCAGCCAAGCUGGCUUUGGGCAUCCCUCUGCCGGAGAUCAAGAACACGGUGUCAGAGAAAACCACAGCCUGUUUCGAACCAAGCCUGGAUUACAUUGUCACUAAGAUCCCUCGCUGGGACCUUGACCGAUUCCAGGGCAUGUCCCGAGAAAUAGGCAGCUCCAUGAAGAGUGUUGGAGAGGUGAUGGCGGUUGGGCGUACGUUUGAGGAGAGCAUGCAGAAGGCUCUGAGAAUGUGCCACCCCUCUGUGGACGGGUUCAUGCCCCGCCUGCCCCUCAACAAGCCUUGGCCUGCUCAGCAGGACCUACACCAGGAGCUGGCUGUACCCUCCAGCACACGGGUUUUCUCCCUGGCCAAGGCCCUUCACAGUGGUGUGACUGUAGACCACAUCCACCAUCUCACUGCCAUAGACAAGUGGUUCCUACACAAGCUACGACGCAUCACAGAGUUGGAGCAGCACCUGAGCCAGUUCAACAGUGCAACAUUACCCCAGACCCUGCUGCUGAAGGCUAAACAGGAUGGCUUCUCAGACCGCCAGGUGGGCCAGGCCCUUGGCUCCAGUGAGGGGGAGGCCAGAGUGUUGAGGCUGGGUCAGAACAUUAAACCCUGGGUGAAACAGAUUGACACCCUUGCUGCAGAGUACCCUGCUGUGACCAACUACCUGUACUGUACCUACCAUGGACAGGAGCAUGACUUGGAGUUCAAGGACCAGGGUGUCAUGGUGCUGGGAUGUGGUCCCUAUCACAUUGGGAGCAGUGUGGAGUUUGACUGGUGUGCAGUGUCCAGUAUCCGAGCCCUGCGUCAGAUGGGCAUGCGGACAGUGGUGGUAAACCACAACCCUGAGACUGUCAGCACGGACUUUGACGAAUGUGACCGCCUGUACUUUGAAGAGUUGACUCUGGAACGCAUUCUGGACAUCACACAGCAAGAGGGCUGUACAGGCAGCAUCGUGUCUGUAGGGGGUCAGAUCCCCAAUAACCUGGCCAUGCCUCUGCACCUGAACGGGGUCAAGAUCCUAGGAACCAACCCCCAGCAGAUUGACCGAGCCGAGGAGAGGUCAGUGUUCUCCACCAUCCUGGAUGAACUGGGGGUGGCCCAGGCCCCGUGGAAGGCCCUCAGCUCACUGGAAGAUGCCUUUGCCUUUGCCAAUAAAGUGGGCUACCCCUGUCUCCUGCGCCCCUCUUACGUACUCAGUGGCUCAGCAAUGAACGUGGCAUACGGUGAAGAAGAGAUGAGGGGCUUCUUGGACGAGGCUACUCAGGUGUCUCAGGAGCAUCCAGUGGUCAUCACCAAGUUCAUCCGUGGAGCCAGAGAGGUGGAGGUGGAUGCAGUGGCCAAGAUGGGAAAAGUGCUGUGCCAUGCUAUAACAGAGCAUGUGGAGGAUGCUGGGGUCCACUCUGGAGAUGCCACCCUCAUGCUACCUACCCAGAGCAUCAGCCAGGGGGCCCUAGAGAAGGUGAAGAGUGCCACACGGAAAAUUGCUAAGGCGUUUGAGAUCUCUGGUCCAUUCAAUACUCAGUUCCUAGUGAAAGGCAACGAUGUCAUGGUGAUAGAGUGUAACCUGCGAGCAUCACGCUCCUUCCCCUUCGUAUCUAAGACCAUCGGUGUGGACUUCAUUAGUGUGGCUACACGGGUCAUGGUGGGUGAACCCCAGGAUGAGGCUGCUCUGCCCUCUCUGGAGAACCCCAUCAUCCCCGUUGACUAUGUGGGAAUCAAGGCUCCUAUGUUCUCCUGGCCUCGCCUUCGUGAUGCCGACCCAGUCCUGCGCUGUGAAAUGGCUUCCACAGGAGAGGUGGCUUGUUUUGGACCAAACAUCUACUCUGCCUUCCUCAAGGCUAUGCUAUCCACUGGCUUCAAGCUGCCUACAAAAGGAAUCCUCAUCGGGAUCCAGCAUUCGUUCCGGCCCAACUUCUUAGCCACAGCACACCAGCUGAAUGAAGAAGGCUUUAAGCUCUUUGCUACAGAGGCCACCUCGGCCUGGCUCUCUGCCAAUGACGUGCCCGCCACCCCUGUGGCAUGGCCCAGCCAGGAGGGAGGAGACGCCAGCUUGCCCAGUAUUAUCAGGCUGAUCAAUGAGGGCCACAUUGACCUGGUGAUAAACCUUCCUAACAACAACAGCAAGUUCCUCAGGGACAAUUUCCUGAUCCGCAGGAUGGCUGUGGACCACGGGGUGCCUCUCAUCACCAACCACCAGGUGGUCAAGCUGUUUGCUGAGGCCAUAAAGUAUGCCAGCGAGUUGGACACCACCAGCCUGUUCCACUACCGCCAACGGGACGCUGACCGCCAACGGGACGCUGACCUCGAAAAGGAAGCUGACCGCCUUAGGGACACUGCCACCAGACUGCCGAGCUAGAGCUGUACC